AUGUUAAAUGUUACAAAUAAUAUUCUAACAAAAAGUAUAAAGAAAUGUUUAAAAGAAUCGUUUUGUUUAAUGGACAGUGAUAAUGAUGGUUAUUUAGACUAUUAUGAAAUGAAAGCUGCAUUAAAAGCUUUAGGUUUUGUAGCAAAAAAAUCUUAUAUUUUAGCUAUUAUACGAAUGUAUGACAAACGAGAUUGUAAUAAAAUUUGUUUUGAAGAUUUUAAUUACGUUGUGUCAGAGAAGUUAAAUAAGCGAGAUCCUUUAGAUGAAAUUAAAUAUGCAUUUAAGUUAUUUAUAAGCAAAUCUACAAAUGACAAGAUAACAUUAAAACAUUUACAAAUACUUAAUAAAGAGUUUGAAUGUAAUUUAACCAAUGAAGAAAUGGAACUUAUGAUUAAAGAAUUUGAUUUGAAUCAAGAUGGUUUUAUUGAUCAAAGUGAAUUUAUGGAUAUUAUGUUGGAUAUUACAACUUAA